UUCCUGCUUGUCUGAGGUCAUUGUAACCUGGUAUCACUAAACUGAUUUAAUCUCGAGAUCACAAUAAUUGCCUAUAAUGAAUACACCUGUUAUGUUGAGUACAGACUGUUCGACGAGAUGUUCAUAUAAGAAAAGGUCGAUACAACGUAAUACAACCGACAAGCUAAGCUCCAUGCUGGAUGUACCUGUGAAUGUCCAAGUUCCACGAUGUGCUCUUUCAGUAAAUGCUUCGAGGCUGUGUCUGACUUUUUCCAGAGGAUUUUCGACACCAUCGGCGUUUUCAUUGGCACCUACCCAGUUGUCCUCAUAAUUAUGUCACUUUCGGUAACUAUUGGUCUCAGCUGUGGUAUGAUAACACUGUCCAGCGAGUCAGACACGGAGACAUUGUACACGCCUACUAACAGCCGAGCAUCACAAGACAGAGUUCAGUACCAGGCCACGUUUCUCGAUGCCACGAGAAGCAACUACCGCGGAUAUGCACUGUCAGAUCUCGCCAUGUUUGGCCGCCUUGUAGUAAGCAGUGCAACAGGUGGGAACAUACUGUCCAAUGUAUCAUUGGAAGAAAUACGGAACCACAUCAGAAUAAUAAAACAUUUCAAUAUUACAUAUAAUGGUGUGGUGUUCAAAUAUGACGAUAUUUGUGCUCGACAAGAUGGGAGUUGUUUUGUGUCAGGAGAGCUCCUUGUAACAGAUGCUGUAUACCAAGCCUAUCUAACUGGCGGAAUCACUUACCCAAACUGGAAUAACAUUGACUUAUCAGCAAUUCUUGGCCAGGUUGAUUCAACAGGUGGAAAACUAGUGUCUGCAAAGUACCUGAGCAUUACGUUUAAUUUACGAAUGGAUUCAGCUUAUAACAAGGCAAAGGCAAAAGCCUGGGAAGAGGAGUUUCUGAAGAGAGCGGCAGCUUUAGACACAACAUCUACCAGGUUAAACUACGCCGCCUCACAUUCGUUGGACACAGAGCUGAACAAAAACACAAACGGAGACAUUGUGUUCUUCUCUAUAACGUUCACGUUAAUGAUCACGUAUGCCACUGUCGUUGUCGGCGGUGAUGCGGUGUCAUCGAGGGCGUGGGCAUCUUGGGCAGGAGUGAUGGCAGCUGGAUUUGGCAUCAUCUCAUCGUUCGGACUUGUCAGUUUUUGUGGUGUGAAGUUUGUCAAUAUCGUCGGUGUAACACCAUUUCUUAUCAUAGGUAUCGGUGUGGACGACAUGUUCCUGUUGAUGUCCAGCUGGGCGGAGACCUACCCUCUCCGAGACCAGACUGUAGCCUCCAGGAUGGGGAAGACAUUUGCUUCAGCUGGUAUCGGUAUCACCAUCACGUCCCUCACGGAUCUCCUGGCCUUCGUUAUCGGCGCGUCUUCUGUUUUUCUCAGUGUCAGGAAUUUCUGUCUCUAUACAGGUGUGGCCGUCAUCUUCUGCUACCUAUACCAGUGCAUCUUCUUUUCCCCUUGCCUGGCCCUCCAUGGCCGUCGUGUUGACAGCAACAGACAUUGCAUGACCUGUCUCAAAACCAAAUCCAGAAACGAAUUCAGGAACGAUGGCACCUCAACAUGUAAAGUGUUCUGCUGUGGAGGGUCACCACCAACAAAGAGGGGGCAGGACGAACGAUACGUUGAGACCCUGCCACGGAAGUACCUGCCACGAAUGCUUCUGAAUAUGUGGGGGAAAAGUAUUGUUAUUCUCAUAUAUAUUGCAUACCUUGGCGUGUCCAUAUGGGGAACCCUGAACUUCAAACAAGGUUUGAUUCUGAAGAAUCUAGUGUCCACAGAUUCAUACUAUCAUUCCUAUAGUGAGACAUAUGAUACACACUUCUCCAGUUCUUUUCCUAUCCCGUUUAUAUUUGGCCCAACCACAAAUUACACAGAUAAGAAUGCAGUAAAUCAUAUGGAGUCUCUGAUUGAUACUGCAAAAGCAGACUCUGGGGUAGACGAGAAUUCACUUAUUUGUUGGUACUAUUCUUACAGAGCAACAACUGCUUAUGAUAACAGCAGCAAUGUCGCUUUUGUAUCAGGGUUGAAAACAUUUCUUACAACAACCACAGUAUUUGAUAAUGAUGUUGUAUUUGACUCAUCCGAAACUGCUGUCAAAGCUUCCCGAUGUUAUUUUUUAUCAACAAAUAUUAAAGAAUCCAACGCCCAGGCCCAUGUGAUGGUUCGAAUGAGGGCUUUGGCAGACAACUCACCUCUCUCUGUCUACACCUUCCAUCCUGCUUACAUCUUCUUUGAGCAGUAUGUUGCUAUCCUACCCAGUACAUUGCAAACUGUGGGCGUCGCACUCGCUGUUAUGACUGUCGUGACCGGCAUCUUCCUUCCUCAUCCUCUCCUGGUUUUCCUUGUGGUCAUUAACAUUGUUUCUAUCCUCGUUGGCAUCUUCGGGUUCCUUCAUGUCUGGGGACUGAGUCUCAGUUCAGUGACAAUGAUCCACCUCAUCAUGUCUGUUGGCUUCUCGGUAGACUUUAGUGUGCACGUGUGUUCUGCCUAUAUGAUUGGGAAGGGAAGAAACAGGAGAGAGAAAGUCGAAUCUGCCAUAGCCCAUGCAGCUGGUCCCAUAUUAAAUGGUGGAUUGUCAUCUUUUCUGGGCAUUCUUGUGCUGGUGUUCUCAAGGUCCUACAUCUUCAACUCGUUCUUCAAGAUCAUGUUUACAGUCAUCCUGUUCGGUAUGUUGCAUGCCGUGUUUCUUCUCCCUUUGAUACUCUCUAUUCUUGGGCCAGUAGUCAAAUCUAGAGAUGCAGAGUCCCCUCAGCGUAUUCGACCACAAAUAGCCAACCGCCCACCGACACCUCCCAUUGACUACCCCGUUUGUUGCCAAUGGCGGUACUGAACAUUUUUUAGAAUUGAAAAUUAACUUACAAAAUGUUGUAGAGUGAUUUAUACUUUUCAAAAUCAAAGACACACGCCUCAAUGUUAUAUUCAUUGUCCCCCCUGUGAAUUCACAACAGUUGUAUCAGUCAAAGAGAUAUUUUGGUUUAAACAUAUUUAUUUCCUGAAACCUGGGUUGGUAAACAAACAUUUUAUGCUUAUAUAAAUACCGCCCCAGCAACAUAACAUUCUAAAAUCGUGAUGGUUACAAGUAAAAUAUUUGACAACUCAUGUGUUCAUAGAUAAAUAAAGCAUGCGUUCAUAAGUAAAUGAAGCAAAGAUGCAAUUAACAAUUUGAUGAUAAGUGUUGCAAUGAAAACAAGUGAACAUACAGGCAUACAAGAGUUCUAGCUUUACAGCUUUUGCAAUCAUAAUCUUACGAAACUUGCCUUUAUAGCAUUUACAAAUCGACUGCUUUUAGUUAUGAAGUGAUGAACAGAUUCUAAUAUAUCCGUUUCAACAUUUUUCCUAAAUAACCUGUUACCACAUAAGAUAGUUUCUAGAUCAUAUCCGUAGAUGUAAAAUAAGGCAUUUUUUAUGAUUUCACAACAUUUAGUACAAGUAAAGAAAUAAUGAAAUGAACUCUCAAUUUCGUGCCCACAAGAUCAGACCGGGUUUUCUGAUUCAUAUCUUUGAAAUUUGUCUCAGUUAAGAUCACUGCAUCCUAGUCUCAGUCGAGUGUGAGUUAUUUGACAGUUUCUACUACCAUAAUAUACACCAAAAGUAAAGAUUACAUUUAUUUUGUUUUUUGAUAGAGGCGUACAAUUUCUAACCUCGAGAGCCAGUGAAUUCCAGAGUUUGAUUGUGUCUGGAAUGAAUGAUUUGCAUAUCUUGUUGUUCGGCAGUAAAUGCUUCUCAAAUUAGUGCCAUCACGUUUUCCCUGACUAACUGGGGUAACAGAUGGCACAUAUAGUCCGGUAAUAAACGAUGAUACAUUUUAUGAAGUGUUAGCAAUUUAUAUUCAUUUCACUCAACGAGGUGAAGGAAGUUUCGCGAUAAAUCUUUUCAUGGCUUGUUCCACGGACACCACCACAUAUUGUUCUAAGGGGAUCUAGAUGUAGUUUUUCUGAAGUAAGGCCGUGCUGAUCUGUACAGUUGUCCCAAAUAUGAGAGCAGUAAUCAAAUGAAGGAAGAAUAUAGGAUUUGUACAUGGUCUCUAGUGAUUUUCUGGACAAACGAUAUUUGAAACUUUUAAGACAAUUUAUUAUGGGACUAACAGUUUUAAGAAUGUUGUGAAUGUGUGCGUCACAUGAACAGUUGUUUUGCAGUGUUAUUCCAAAGUGUUUAUGACUUUCAACAUCUUGCAUAGCAAUCCCAUUCAUAAAUAAGUUCGGUUUAGGGUUGAGAACAUUUCUGCGCUCGGACUGCAUAGUUUCUGUUUUUAAGGGAUUAAAAGUAACUUGCCACGUAUUUGCCCAGUUGGAUAUUUUUCUCUAGAUCCUCAUUUAAGCAGUUAGCUGCUUCUAAUGGAUCGUCUACGAUAACAUAAAUGGACGUGUCUUCAGCGAAAAGACUGAUGUUACUGUUAAUCCCAUCGACUAUAUCAUUUAUGUAUAUAAUAAAUAGUAGUGGUCCUAAAACUGAACCCUGUGGAACACCAGCCAUUACGGGUAUUAAUAAUAACAACAACCUUUUGUACUCUAUUUUGUAGAUAACUUUCAAACCAUUUUAGUACAUUUCCUUUAAUUCCAUUUGCCUGAAGCUUUUGGAUAAUUCCCUUAUGCCAGACUUUGUCAAACGCCUUACUAAUGUCGCAGAAAACUGCUCUUAUCUCUUCACCUUCAUCCAGGCCUUUAGCGAUAAGUAUGUUACUUGGUUGGCACAAGAGUCGCCCGGCAUGAAUCCCGACUAAAGAUUGGAGAGUAAAUUGUUGUCUCUAAGGUAAUUAAAAACGUGCUUGAAUACACAUUUUUCAAAGAUUUUAGAUAAACAACUCGUUAAGGCCACGGGUCUGUAGAGCAUUCAUUUGUGCUUCCUUUGUUAUGGAGAGGAAUUACAUUCGCUUCCUUCCACAAGGACGGAAAUAUCACUGCUGUAGGGAAAAUUAAAGAAUAAAGAACUUAGUUAGUAUGGGUGUUUAGGUAUUAGCCGUUAUUUUCAGAAGUUUAUAUCUAAUGACAUCAGUAAUAUCGAGAAAAAUACACAAUCCAAAACUGCUUUCAUAUCCAAACAAAGGUACUCAUUUCAGUAUAAUGUUUUUCAGAAACGAUUGUUAUGUACAUGUAUUAUAUUUCUAGAGAUGUGAUACAUGGUUUGUCUGCUGUAUAUUGCAAAUAGUAGCGACAUGUUUACCAGGGUGUUCCUUGUUGUCUAAAUGUAAUAUUGUAAAAGCAUCCAGUAAUAUAUGUUCAUCUGUCUUUGUGUUGAAUGUGUGUUGCGCAUAUGAAUCAAAAUAAACCCAAGGUCAUCAUACUUCUCCCACAUACAAAACACAAUAUUAUACACACUGGGCUGAGACAAAAGGUUCAAUUCGGAUUUUAGGUGAAUGUUUACGUGGUAGUAAAUGCAAAAAUGCAUAUAAUUUCUUCUUUGAAUGUGAAUUCUUAAAAAUAGAGAAAUAGACACGUUACGCACGAACAUGAAUAGUAAAUACACUGGUUGAUUUCAAUUCGAUGUUAAAUGGAAACUGCGAUUUAUAAGAUCAAGACCAUGUAAAAUAUAUCUUACCUUAACCAUUCAGCUUUAGUGAAUAAGACAUGUUUAAACCCAC